GAGAGGGAUGCAGGGAGGGAGCGGAGGGACGCGUCGAUUCGCCCGCCCCCCGCUCCAGUCACCCCGCUCUGCGGACACCCGGCACUAGAAGCAGCCCCGGGCGGCGGUGGCACUACGGUCCCCGCCAUGUCUGCAGCCAUGAGGCAGAGGUUCGACCAGUUCCUUCAUCAGAAGAACUGCAUGACUGACUUCUUGGCCAAGCUCGAGGCCAAGACCGGCGUGAACCGGAGCUUUAUCGCACUCGGUGUCAUCGGGCUGGUGGCUUUGUAUCUGGUGUUCGGUUAUGGAGCCUCUCUCCUCUGCAACCUGAUAGGAUUUGGUUACCCAGCGUACGUCUCAAUUAAAGCCAUAGAGAGUCCCAACAAAGAAGAUGAUACCCAGUGGCUGACGUACUGGGUAGUGUAUGGUGUGUUCAGCAUUGCCGAAUUCUUCUCUGACCUCUUCCUGUCAUGGUUCCCUUUCUACUACAUGCUAAAGUGCGGCUUCCUGUUGUGGUGCAUGGCUCCCAGCCCUGCCAACGGAGCGGACCUGCUCUACAAGCGCAUCAUCCGUCCUUUCUUCCUGAAGCACGAGUCCCAGCUGGACAAUGUGGUGAAUGACUUGAAGGACAAAGCCAAAGAGACUGCAGAUGCCAUCUCUAAAGAAGCCAAGAAAGCUGCUGUGAAUUUACUGGGUGAGGAAAAGAAGAGCACCUAAACCACUGACUGGAUGAAACCUUUCUGCCCUCUCUGUACCUUCCUAUUAGAGCUUGAUGUUAUAUUAGGAACUGUCAUAUAAUCAUUUUAAUUUGGCCUUGGAAACAUUUUUGAUACAUUAAAAAAAGGAAUGUAUUGUAAGUUUUUUUGCUUACUUUGACUGUCUAUAUACACAGGAGCAUUUAAAUUUAAAUUUAAUGCAAUGGGCAGUAUCCAAGUUUUUGGAAAAUAUAUUUUGCCUCUGGGUAGGAAAAGACCUGUGAUACCAUCCUGUAGAAAAUAUAAACUUAAAAUUAUAUAUCCCACAGGCUUUAUACUUCAGUGGGCUCUCUCUGCAUGCGUUUUCUCUGUGCUUAUAUUUUAGCAUACUCUUUAAGGUUCUACUUCAUGUAAUGUACCAUUUUGUAUUAAAUGUUUUUAAUGUAUUUGCGCAUAACGCUCAUGUGGAGCAUCUGCCAAAGGCUGAACGUUCUGUUGUGCUGCUGUGAUCUGCUAAAUAAUACUUCAGAAAAUUAAUACAAAUGAGAAAUGUUUCCUGAACAAUUCAGUGAUAAAUGAGGCUGAAUGGGAUGUUGGCCUGGUGAUUUUCCUAACAUUGUAGCAGCUGAAUACCAGAACAGCUUUGUAAAGCAAUUUAGUGAUAAAUGGGGAAAUGUACACACACGCAUCACAGCUCCCAAUUCUGUAGAACUAGUAAUAUUGUCUUGUAGCUUUUUAAAAAUUGGCUGAUAAGCUUUCAAUUUGUUUUUAAGAUGCUAUAGUGGUAACCAUCCCUGGUUUCACCUUCGUAGCUGAGUAACGUGCUGGUUUAGUCGUUUCUUUCUUUUUAAAAGCAGUUUAAGGAACCUCCAGAGACUUGCCACCUCUGAUUACAUGUACAUUCUUGUUUAUAUCAUUAGCAACUACACGCUAAUGAUGACACCAGGCUCUAAGUGCAAUUCUCAGAGAAGAAAGGAAGUACGACAUAACCCAAAAUCUAGUUGGCAGUGGUUAAGACAGUGGCCUUCACCUUUCCCUGGCCUUUAAGUUUCAACACCAGAGGCUCCCCUAGUUUACAACAGAAUCAUUUGCAGUCCAUUUACAUGCCUUCAUCUUUAUGCUUUGUUUUGAUAAACUGCAUACAACCUCAUAGUUUAAGUACAGAACACAAAGUUGAAACUAAUGUCACUAGCUUGACUAGCCACAUAGCUUAUAGGGACCUUGACAACAUGUCUGUACUACAGAAUCUGAGCUUUGCACCAGCCAUACUGCUAGGAUCCUUCUGAAUUAGACUAAACUGACCAAAACAAGAAUAUAACAAAGCUAACAAUUAAAUAUCCAGGCCUGUAAAAUAUUUUUUAAGGCAAAUACAGAUGUUUAGUUCCCUUUCAGAUAACAAUCAGGUAAAAUCAUAAUGCUGUCUCAUGAUGUAAAAAAUAUCAAAGAUAUCAAAAAUAGGGGACAUCACCCCAAUAUUAUAAUAAUAUGAUCAGGGCAUUUAUUUUUUGGGGGGGGAUAUGAUAAUGAUAAGGCAUUUUAUUAAAUGUACCUUAAAAAAUAAAAACUUUUAGAAGGCAAACAGAAUUAGUUGUUAUUGGAAGAAAAUUAAGCCUUAGGUUAGAGAUUAAAAAAAGUACCUCGGAAUAUUUAAAUCCCUUUCCCUAUAAAUAAACUAUGCUUUUCUUGGUGGCAGAAUAAUGAUAAUUAGCAACUUCUAGCAUUCAGAAUACAUAAUCAGAUUGUUAGUAUACAAAAUAUGUAACUUUUAGUAUACAGAAUAUCAGGCAAGAUGGGGAAGCAUAGAAGUUACUAUUGCUUAUAACUACUUACAGGCUAAUAUCAAUUUUAAAACUACUACACUAAGAAAAUUAUGAGUGCAAUUUUUUUUCUUAAUCCCUAUAGUUUUAUGCUUCGGUGCAUUCUGUAAGAAAUUUUAGUUACUGUUUUUGGUAGUCAACGUGUACAUAUUAAUAACAGGAGAACCUAAGAAUUGAGCAAUUCUGUCUCAGUUUAGUUUUAGCAAAUAAUACACUGCCAUGCUAGAGUAUUUGAAAAACUAACUGAGCCUGUGUCUAGCUGUAAGACAAGCAUUUGUUUGUACAUGAAUGGUAUUUUGGAGAUAUGUAAAGGCAAAGAAUUCCUACAAUUCUUCUACUUAAAAGCUUUGGAUCGACAGUUACUGCUACUCUGGGGAGUCUUCUGCCUACAGCCUGAAGAACAUGAGCAUAGCCUUUAAUUAAGUUACCACCUAUCCUGAAGAUGUGCUAUAUUAAAUAAAAGUGGAUGUAAAUAAAAUUCUGUUAUCUCA